GACAACAACAAAGAUGGCGAUCCUCACUCAUUCACAAACCUCAAGGGCGCCUUCCUCACAAAGUAUUUUGGUAUUUAAUAGUAGGACACUUGUGUUAUUUGUGUAUUUCAUCAGUAUUAUUCCUAAACAUACGGCUGAAUCACACAAGAUUUUUAAAACCUGCGAAAACACUAUGUCGUUACUUGCUKUGGACUGGAGAUCGCGCGAAAAGUCUGGRAGGAUAUGUCCAACGAAGGCCAUUGAUUUUAAACAAUGGGAAUUUGAGGAAAAUAAUCUACUUCUGCAUUCUUUUCCUAUCGAUCUAGAAACUAGAAAUUUUUGUAGAGAAGUUAGAAGGGCAGUUUUUUCCUACGUGGAACCAGUAUCGUUGAAAACAAAGCCGAGUUUAGUAGCUGUUUCGUCAGAMGUUCUGGAAACUCUUUUAGAUAUUGACAGGGGAUCRGUGGAAAAGUCAGAGAAAUUCCUGGAAUUUGUAUCUGGUAAUGGUUUGGUAAAGAAUUCAUUUCCUCUUGCUCAUCGGUAUGGUGGUCAUCAGUUUGGUGAUUGGUCAGGGCAGCUAGGAGAUGGUAGAGCUGUUCUUCUCGGAGACUAUGUAAAUAGAAAUGGUGAAAGAUGGGAACUUCAGCUGAARGGAUCAGGAAAGACACCAUAUUCAAGGCAUGGCGAUGGGAGAGCUGUCUUAAGGUCAUCUGUGAGAGAGUUUCUUGCUAGUGAAGCCAUGCAUCAUCUUGGAAUACCAACCAGUAGAGCUGCAAGUAUUAUUGUAAGCAAAGAUCCUGUUUGGAGAGAUAUGUUUUAUGAUGGCCGUCCAAAGCAAGAAAAAGCUGCUGUUGUGCUUCGGGCUGCGAAGUCAUGGUUUAGGAUUGGUUCUUUAGAAAUUCUCGCUGACCAGGGUGAAACUGACUUGCUUAAAGAGCUUGUUGAUUUUAUAAUUGAACAUCAUUUUGAAGACAUUAAAAAUGACAGCAACAAAUACCUUAACUCCUUUUCCAAAGUUGUCAGUAUGACAGCAGACAUGAUAGCCCACUGGCAGUCAGUUGGCUUUGCACAUGGUGUGUGUAACACUGAUAAUUUCAGUAUCUUGUCUAUYACCAUUGACUACGGGCCAUUUGGAUUCCUUGAUGAAUACAAAACAGAUUUUGUACCAAACUCGUCUGAUGAUGAAGGCAGAUACAGCUUCAGAAACCAACCAAGCAUUGGGUUUUUCAAUCUGAAGAAACUACUWAAUGCUCUAUCACCAUUACUGGGCCAGAGAAGAGGUCAGAAAGAACUAGUGAAAUAUACAGAAUUAUUCAAUAAUCGAUUCAUGAGUAUCUAUCGUAAAAAGCUUGGUUUGAUUGGAUCGAUAAGCAGUGAUGAACUCCUUAUCAAGUCUNCGAGUCAAUACCAUAGUUUAAUGGAAUCUAGUCGUGCUGAUUAUACGAUGACAUUCAGACAACUCGCUGACCUCACAAGAUAUCACAUGCAAAACGGCACUAUUCCUGAAGGAGCCUGGGCACUAGCAGCUCUUGCUAAGCAUAAAAACUGGUUUGACUGGUUGCAGCGAUACUGGGAACGACUAGACAGCAAUGAAGGACAUGAUGCAGACGAAUCUAGAAGACAGCGAAUGAAUGCGAUCAAUCCGAGAUAUAUUCUUCGAAACUGGAUGGCACAGUUAGCCAUUGAGAAGGCUGAUGUAGGAGACUACACUGAGGUUCGAAAGAUAUUGACUGUCUUACAAAAUCCAUAUAUUGAACAGGCCGAAGCUGAAGCAUCAGGUUUUGCCUCAGCCCCUCCCCCAUGGGCGUCGAAAUUAAGAGUCAGCUGUUCGUCAUGACAACUUGUUCACAGUCCCCAUAAAUCAAAUGACAGAGACGUUGGUAUAAUUCAAACUGAAGUACAUUUUGUUAUUUGUAAGGGUUUUCUACCUUAAAUGUUCAGUAAAUGUAUUGUUUUGAUUACGCAAUAAUCUGCGGUAAAUGAGAAUCGAUGAACAUAUGAAGGCCUAUCGAAACCUACACAUCAUACAGUCCGUAUUUGACUUAUGUCACUUUUGAGCUUCAUUUCAUUCUCGUAUUAUAGCCGAAUUGUAGAUAUGUCGCAUUGUUACUGUUCAGUACCCGCGCAUGCAUAAUCCCAUAGCUGUAUAUCGUCAGUAGCUGGGGUCUCGGGUUUUCCGGUAUCAGUUAUACUGACAUUCAAUAUUUAUAAAUAAAAUAUUUAAUUGCU